AUGACCAGCAGGUGCAUCCUCCAAACCGCACUCCUGGUGUAUUUCUGCACCACGGUUCUUGCCAUGAACUACGACUUGCUUCAAUUCCAACUAAGCAGCAGCAGUGUGGAGUGCCAGGAGCUCCUUCUGCAGUUGAAUGGAACUUCUAAAGGUUGCCUCAAGGACAGAAUGAACUUCAAGAUCCCUGAGGAAAUCAAGAAAUCCCAACAGUUCCAGAAGGAGGACAUCAUAUGGAUCACCCUUGAGAUGUUCGGGAAGACCUCUGAUAUUUUCAGGAGAAAUCUCUCGAGCACAGGAUGGAAUGAGACCAUUGUUGAGGACCUCCUUGCGACACUCCACAGGCAGAAGGAACAUCUGGAGGGCAUCAUGGAGGAGGGAAACUUCACCUGGGACCACAGGACCCUUCUGCACCUGAAGAGAUACUAUCUAAGGAUUGUGCAGUACCUGAAGGCCAAGAAGUACAGCACCUGUGCAUGGACAAUAGUGCAAGCAGAAAUCCUCAGGGGCUUUUUCUUCCUUGAUAAACUGACGGGUUAUCUCUUAAACUGA